AUGUAUCAUACAGAUUACAGUCAGUGUAUCAUACAGAUUACUCUGUCAGUGUAUCAUACAGAUUACAGUCAGUGUAUCAUACAGGUUACAGUCAGUGUAUCAUACAGGUUACAGUCAGUGUAUCAUACAGAUUACAGUCAGUGUAUCAUACAGGUUACAGUCAGUGUAUCAUACAGGUUGCAGUCCAUGUAUCAUACAGAUUACAGUCAGUGUAUCAUACAGAUUACUUACAGGUUACAGUCAGUGUAUCAUACAGAUUACAGUCAGUGUAUCAUACAGGUUACAGUCAGUGUAUCAUACAGGUUACAGUCCAUGUAUCAUACAGAUUACAGUCAGUGUAUCAUACAGAUUACUGUCAGUGUAUCAUACAGAUUA